AUGGCUUUGAAUUCAGCCAUUCUGGCGAUUUUCGGUCCGCCGCCGGAUAGCAUUUAUGUGGCCGACAGCCGUAUAGGAGAGAACAAUGCCGCAGUCAUUGCUCUCUUAUGCCUGGCGGCUGUAGCGGUUAUUCUGCGAUUUGUUGCCAGGAUAUCGCUGCGGAAUCCUUUGAUGGCGGAUGACUGGGCGAUUCUAAUCGCUUUGCUACUUGUAGGUGCAACAGCUGGCCUGAGUAACUCAGGCGGCGCCGUAGGAGCCGGGAAGCAUGUUUGGGGAAACACUCUAGACAGCCUGACUAUGAUAUUCAAAGUCCUAUAUGCAUACACCUUCGUCUACGCAGCCGCCUGCGCCUCCACCAAAAUCUCCAUCCUAAUGUUCUACCUCCGCGUCUUCACGCCUCUCGAUCCGGCCCUCAAAAUAGUCAUCUGCUUCGGUUUCUUCCUCACUCUCUCAUAUCCACUCACGAUCUGGGUGACCAUGGCGAACUGUUGCCGGCCGGUAUCAUAUUUCUGGAACAAGUUUAGCGGUGCCGAGGGGAAGUGUAUCAAUGUUAACCAGUUCUUUCUCGCGUUGGGGAUUAUCAAUAUGUUGAAUGAUUUCAUCGUUCUCCUGAUCCCGUUUCCGCGGAUCGUGACGCUGCAGAUGAGCAUACGGAAAAAGGUUGCUAUUUGUGGGAUUAUGGCAGUGGGCCUCUUUGCUUGCGUCGCCAGCAUCGUCCGCAUCCACUACCUCUCCCUCUUCACACACGCAAUCGACGUCACCUGGUUCAUGGGCCCGGUAUUCAUCUGGUCCACCAUCGAACCCUGCGUGGCAAUCGUCUGCGCCUGUCUACCGCACUUAGCACCUCUCGCCAGGCAAGUCCACGAGUCCGUUUUUACUAGUCUGGGUUCGAGGGAGAAAUCCAAUUCUGCGUCGGUGAGUAGGCCGUGGAAG